UGCCAGGGAAGAACAUGAAAGAGGAAAUCAGCAGGAGGAAAUCAGCAGGAGCAAAUCAUCAUAUCACUGACAGAAUUGAUAUAUAUCCAUGGCCAAAUCAACUCCUACAAAAGCACCACACAAAUCUGAUAAAGCACGUAAGAAGAAGAAAAUGGCAUUGCCCCGAAGAAUAUUGCGAAUUCUAGAAAGUGGCAAGAGAGUUCAUUUCCAGAAUGUCAGCCUGAGUAAGAAAAGGCAGAUGUGCAUAAAUCACUAUGUACCAGUUUGUGAUAUAGCAGUCGCAAAUGCUAUAGAUAAUCGACAAAAGAAAACUGUAACACCAUACUCCAAACCAGCCCAUGGGAAAGGAAACAAAUCAGACACAAGUGUUACUGAGAAACUACCUUCUACAGAGCAUACAUGUAAUUUAAGACCUGGUAAUGUAUCAGUAUUGGAAACAAGCAAGAGAAAUGACAAUCCUAGUAUUUCUUGGGCAAACAAUGAAAGGACUGGUGUCUCAAAUGAAAAAGAUAAUCCUCGUAAGGAAGUUGUUGCUUUAGACUGUGAAAUGGUAGGAUUGGGACCAAAAGGACGAUUCAGUGCACUAGCCAGAUGCAGUAUUGUAGAUCACAGUGGCAAUAUUCUCUAUGAUACGUAUGUAAAACCAGCUGAGCCUAUCACAGACUACCGGACGAAGUGGAGUGGAAUCCGACCGUGUAAUAUGGUAAAUGCAGUAACUUUUAAAGAAGCUCAGGAGCAUGUUAAGAAUGUUCUCAAAGAUAAGAUUGUUGUUGGUCAUGCAGUCUGGAACGAUUUCCAGGUACUCAGAUUUUCCCAUCCUGCGAACAAUGUAAGAGACACCAGUAGGUGCAAGUCGUUAGCAGAAAUAUGUGGCAGUAAAUGCACACCAGGUCAUCGUAGCCUCAAAUCACUCGCUAAAUAUCUCCUUGGUAUUGAUAUACAAAAAGGUGAACAUUCAUCUGUAGAAGAUGCAAGAGCAGCUAUGGAUUUGUACAAGCUGGUAGAGGAGAAGUGGGAGGAAGAAAUUCAGUCAAUUUUCCCUGAUCAAGAUUUUAGGACAUGUUUUCUUGAUGAUCAUUUCUGGCCCGAAGACCUCAUAUAAGGAAAGCAAUUAUGUAACUGUAUUACAAAAAUGUAUUACUUCUAAUUUAGCCUCAUUAAUCUUUAUGAUGUGUGGUGUUAUAUUUAAAUACAGUUAAUAUCAGCUGGACUUGAGUGCAACAUCAAAUAUAAUUAAUAAUUGUGUGCAACAGAAUCAUAUUGGUCUGAGUCUUUAGAUGAGGUCAAUGUGUCUGUUUUUAGGGCAAUAUUUGAUGUUUCCCGAAAGUAGAGCCAGUCAAUAUUUUUAUUAUCCAAAUCAGACAUCUAGAGAAAAAUCAAGAAAUUUUGUAUUUUACACUUUAUGUAUUGGGUUUUUUUUUGUCAUGUUUAUAUCAGGGCUGUUCCAUAAAAUAGUAAACCUUUUGGUCAAAAUUUCAAAAUCCUACAAACAGAACAAAUUAGGUAUCACUUGAAAGCUAAGACACUGAAAGAAAUAAUUUCAAACAAUGUAUCGUUUCAUUUUGGCAAGGCAUUGAAGUCAUCAUAGCAACAAAAUAGAAUUUUACUUAUUUUAAAAGGUCAAGUUUGCAACAAAUUUUAAACCUUAUAUAUAAGCUUUGAAAUAAUCAAAGUUGGAUGUUGUCCAAGUUGUUAUUAUGUCAGGUUUCUAAAAAAUAAGUUAGGUUUUUUCUAUUUUUCUUAUAUUUUUUAGACCAAAUAUAUCAAAAGCAGGCACUUUCAAAUGUACGUCCGACCCCUUUUCACAUACACUUUUUUUCUUACAAGCAAAACAAAAGCAGACAAAUUUUCCCAAAGUCAGAUGCAAAGCAAGCUUGGUUUGUUUAAUAUAUACACCAGAUGGUAGCUCACCACUAGUCCGGGAUUUCAAGUUAAGUGGGGGUCGACCCCCUGUACGUCCGACCCCUUUGAAACUUUUUUUAUGAAGUUAUCUUGCACUGCUUAGAUGUUUUUUGCAAAAGUUUAAUAUCAUUACUCAUAUCAAUCUUUCAAAAUUGAAUACAAAUUUCAAUUUCAACCUAGUUUAAUAACAAUGACCUUUUUUGUAUUUUCUUCACCCAACAAAUACUGGGGGCAAAAAUCACCUUCCAUCUUUAACAUUUUGCAUGAUAAUUCUUUAACACACCUUGAUAUCGUUGUAUAGUUUUAUCGUUUUUUUCUUUGAAGUCUUGCACAAGUUUUGAGACCAAUUUCACAAAAAAUACCACACAUUUUUGACAAUAUGUAGAUUUUUAUAUGAUGAUAUCAUCUUUUAAAAAUUCUGAUUUAUUUGUGUUUUGUGUGCAUAUUCAAUGGAAACUGCCUUCCUUCACCUCAAAUUAUCACAGAACAAUGAAUUUAGUGGUAAUUAUGACUGAAUAAUAGCUUGCAGGAAAUUAAAAAAGAAAAUCAAAAUUAAAAACAUACAAAUACAUGAUAAAUUUAAUAAACAAAGAAGUUCCAUAUAAAAGAAGAAAUUACACCUUCCCCUCAAUCUCAGGUACAGCAAUUACCCCUCUAUAGGAAAUAGAUCUGCCAAUUUGCUAUAAUUAUACAUGGAUGUCUAGACUAUUCUACUUUUGCCUAUAGGGGCGUAAGUUAUGAAAAUGUGAAGGGUUAUUCAUUUCAUUUUGACUUGUUCUCAUUUCUUAUUUUCUGCAUCAACAUUGUUCACACUUGUUACAAAUGAUCCUUGGUUGAUACCAUGUGUGUGUUGAUGAGGUCAAAGGUCAUCUAGGGGUCAAAAGGUCAAAAGAUAAGAGGCCAUUCAGUCAUUUUUUGACAGAUUUUUUUUUAAUUAAUUUUUUUUUGCAUCAAUAUUGUUCAAACUUGAAACACAAUAUCAGUGGGUAAUACAAUUUUGUUGUUGAUCAAGAUGAUAAUUUCUAAGGUUAUUUAGGGGUCGAAAGGUCACUUUUUCUCAUUUUGUUAUUUCAAGCUUUCUAGGGGUCAAAAGUUAACUUUCGAUACCGGUAGUUUUUUGUGUGCAUCAAUUGUAUUCAAACUUGGAACAAGUUAUCAGUGGGUAGUACCACAUAUUUGUUAAAGAGGAUGGAGAGGUCAAAUGUCAAAUGACAUAUUUCUGCAUUAAUUUUGCUCAAACUUGGAACAAAAUGAUCAGUGGGAAAGAUUACAUGUGUUCUUGAGGAUAGAGAGAUCAAAGGUCAUCUAGGGGUCAAAAGGUCAUAUUGCAUGUUUUAUUGAUUGCAACAUCAGUGAAGACUCAUGGUUCGUAACCCACCUUGUUUAAACAAAGUUUGUAACAGGAUAAGUUUUUUAAUGUUGAAGAAAUUCUUUGUCAUUUCUUUUGCAAACCAUUAAAAAAAAUACAUUUUACUUGAAUUUUAACAGUAAAAAAUAU